AAUUCUCAUUUGUAGGUUAUGUUCAUUCCAAGAAGGUUGGCAGAAGUCUGCUUUAUUUUAGUAACUCCUGCACAAAAUCAAUUAUUCUUAUUGAAAAGAAAUUAAUGUCGCGUGAAAGUGUAUAAAUUUAGAAAGAAUAAACAAAUAAAAUUUAAUUAGUUACAUUAAUUCUACAAAUAUAAUAUAUUUUAGUUUUAAGAGUGUAUUUAGUGCGACACACAAGGCGAGGCUAUUUCCGUGUAUUUCUCUGUUUUAUUAAUUCGUAAUGUAAAAAGUGUAAAUUUAAAAAAUAAUUUUGUCAAAAUGUUGAGAAAAAAUGUUUUUGUUGGUACCUUGUGGAUACUUUUGACUUUAGGCAUUGUCACUGCAAGAAUUCACAAAUUGGAAAUAAGGAAUGAUAAUCGACGAUUCAUUUCGUUAAGUACAUUUGGAUUUUACAUGGGAGGUGUAUUAAGUGUGAAUUUGACGAAUUUCAAGGCUAGUCGCUUCAAUGAGAAUCAUGUGUUUGGAUUCACAUUGGAUCGAACUAAAAGUGAUGCGAUGAAUCCAUAUUUGGAAAGUCAUCAGGAGAAAUGUCUAUUACAAGGAUCAUCGAAUCCAAAAACAUUAUUGGAUAAAAAAGAUGAUAGUGAAGUUAUUUACUUCACAAUGGAUUUAAAGAACAAUACAAUGAGAGUUAAUUGCAGUCUUAGUGUUAAUAUUGUUCACAUUUACAAAGAUGAGAGCAUGAUGCCAGCUGUUCGAGCCAAGAGAGGUUCUCUAUCAACUCCAUUCAGUGAUAGUGCUCUCAUUUCACGGCGUAAACGUAACACUUCCGGUUCUGAACUUGGAAAACCUGUUGAAUCUGUGGACAAAAAUUUGGACUUAAAUGUUUGUUCUCGUCUUCAAUUGCCAAUGACAGUUGAUAUUAAAAAUGGCGAGAAAUAUUACAACACGAGCUUUUUUAUGAAAGUUUAUACAAAAGAAGAGGAAGGACUUUAUAAUUUCUAUUUCCAUAGUUGUCCUAAUUACAAAAAUGAUGAUAAUGUUCUUGUCGAUUUUACGAUGCACAUUAGAGAGAGUAACCGCGAUAAUUAUCUUAGCGCUGGCGAAAUGCCAUUACCUGCAUUAUAUUUCAUGAUGGCACUUCUCUUUUUUCUCUCCGGUUGUUUUUGGGUCUUUAUUUUAAAGAAAAGCAAACAUCAGGUUUUCAAAAUACAUUAUCUUAUGGCCAUUCUCGUCUACCUUAAAUCACUGUCGCUUCUCUUUCACGGAAUUAAUUACCACUUUAUUCAAACUAAAGGAGAACAUGUUGCAGCGUGGGCUAUUCUUUACUAUAUAGCACAUUUGUUGAAAGGAGCUGUUCUAUUCAUAACUAUUGUACUAAUUGGAACUGGUUGGACAUUUAUUAAACCAAUUUUAGCCGAUAAAGAUAAAAAAGUGUUUAUGAUUGUCAUACCACUUCAGGUUUUAGCAAAUGUGGCGGAAAUUAUAAUUGAGGAGAGUGAAGAAGGUGAUAUAGAGCAUAAAACUUGGAGGGAUGUUUUUAUAUUAGUAGAUUUACUUUGCUGUGGUGCAAUUAUGUUCCCAGUUGUUUGGAGUAUUAGACAUCUCCAAGAAGCUGCGCACACUGACGGCAAGGCCGUUGUUAAUUUACGAAAACUGAAGCUUUUUAGGCAUUUCUAUAUUAUCAUUGUCUGCUAUAUUUACAUUACUAGGAUUAUAGUGUACUUAAUGAAGAUUACAGUACCAUUCCAAUAUGAGUGGUUAGAUGAAAUGUUUCGAGAGAUGGCAACUUAUGUUUUCUUUGUGUUGACCGGUUACAAGUUCCGGCCAGCUUCCGCGAAUCCAUAUUUCACGUUGAAUGAUGAACUAUUACAGGGAGAUGACGAUGAUGAAAUGGAUGUAGUUCUAUUUUCCAGUGUGACGGGCGCAAGUGGAUUAACUGAGGGGCUGAGUAAAGUGAGCAAAGUCAUCAGGCCCACGACCUCUCAAGUGCCAUCGACUCAGGAGGAAAGGGACAGUCUCGUUGGCAAAAUGGAAUCAUCACACGAAUACGAUUGAAUAAAUAAAAAUUCAAUUUGCCAAAAUUCAAGAAUUCUGUGACUGAUGACACACAAUCCGAACAAAAAAAGGACAGCAGGAAAUGAAUCUACUGUUGAGGAACAACAAAUCAAGGUUGACUUUUUUUUUUCUUAAUUUUUUGUUUCUUUUUUCUAUAAUUAUACAGAGACUUCUUCUUUAUUUAGUAAUUCUUAAUAUAGCAUUCCACCAGAACUGGUGAGGAAGUUUCUUCGAUUAAUUUAUUUUUUCAUAUUAUAAUAUAUAUAUUCAUAAAUGUUCUUAAAAAGUUCAUGAAUAUAUUUUUUCCACGGUUUACUUAAAUCAUUUGAACCCAAUUUAGUCAAAUUUCAUUUUAGCUGAAGGUUCUACUGUAUUCAUUAUUUUUUUUCUCUUCUUUUUCAAAGAAAUUCAUUAUUUUCAUUCCAUAUACUUGUAAAUUUUUUAAAUAUUGCAUUUUUGCAUUACAAGUCAACUUAAUUAAAGUGUUGCGACGAUAAUUAAUUUAAAUUUAAAAAAGAAAUAUUAUUAUGUCGUGAGAACUUUGAAAAUAUUGAACUAUAUAUAGUUAUUAAGAAGUAGAAUGAAUUGUGUAUAAAUGAAUGUUUUUGCUAUAUAGAAGAUUUAAUAUAAGCUUAUAAUCAUUUUUAUAUGGAAGUUAGGAUAUAUUAUUGCAAUUUUUAUCGACCAUGAGAAUGAAUUGAAUUUUUGAAAAAGAAAUUUGACGUGAUUAAGUAUACUGUGUGCGCGCGUGUGUGUGAGUGGUUUUUUUUUUUUUCAUGCGAGUUUCGAAUAAAAUUUAAAACUUGUCAUUUUCAUUUGGAAAAUGUAGGAAAAGCUUUCUAUAUAUUUAAAAUGCGGCAAAAAAAAAAAAAAAUUCAUAUGAUUUUUCCUCAUGACACAUCUUUCAUUUUUUUUUCUCAAUGUGUUUUAAAACAUAAUGUGAUAAACGUAUUACAAAGAUCUUCGUCACUUUACUUAAAAUACCUGAAAAAUAUAAAUUUUCCAUCAA